AUGCAAUCAUCAGUACUAAACUGCUGUCUGCAGUCUCUGGAAAGAGCUGCUGCUUCAGAUUUUAAUAUCUUGUGGAGGGUGUGAUCUCUCCAGAAACUGAAAACACCAGCUCCUCUUUUUCAGGAUUUGAAGAUGUGUUGGUUUCUGCUUUUCUUAGAAUGGCUUGUGGACUGGGGUCGUGGCACGUUCUGGUAUCUGUUUGGCAGGAGAAGUGGGCUGUGCAAGGGGACUAUCAGUCCUCCUGGUCCACUAGUCGUAGAGCAGAAGAAAAAGGACAGAGUGCUCCGGAAAGAAUUUGAUGAAUUUGAAGUGCCCAGAAACUUGGACGUCAUCGUGAUUGGCAGUGGUAUUGGUGGUUUGACUGCAGCAGCAACUUUAGCCAAACUAGGAAAGAAAGUCCUGGUGUUGGAGCAAGACAAGCAGGCAGGAGGCUUGUGCAAGACCUUCACUGAGAAAGGCUUUGAGUUUGACUGUGGCUUCCAUUAUCUUGGACAACUUCAUGAGAACUGCUUCUUGAAAAUUGCAUUGGAUCUGAUCACUGAUGGCCAGGUGCAUUUUGCUGAGCAAGGUUCCCAUGUGGACACUGUUGUUAUUGGUAAAGGAACUCAAUAUAAAGAAUACACCAUUUACAACGGCAAGAAGCAGAUGGAGUCUCAUCUUAAGAAGCAGUUUCCCAAUGAUACUAAAGCAGUAGAGGAGUUCUUUAAAAUCAUGAAGAUCUGUUCAAAGAAGAUCCAUCUGCUGUGUAUGCUGAAGAUGGUCCCUCUCUGGUUUGCUCGCUUCAUAUUGUGGAGUGGAAUCGCUGACUUGAUCUCCCCAAUUUUCAGAUACUCCCGCACCAGUACAACAGACAUGGUCAAGUCUUUUACAAGCAACUGUGACCUCCUCACUGUGUUUUCUCAAAUAUUUUAUGGUGUCCCACCCAAAAACUCCAGCUGCAUGAUUGAUGCCCUUUUCCUGCACCACUCCAAGUGUGGUGUUUUCUAUCCUAAGGGUGGUGCUAGUGAGAUCCCAUACCACAUCAUUCAGGUUUUGGAGAAGCAUGGAGGAAAAGUCCUGGUCAAUGCUCCUGUGUCCAGCAUUCUAGUUGAAGGAAAACGAAAUGCAUAUGGAGUGGCUGUGAAGACGGGAGGUAAAGAUGUUGAAAUUCAGGCUCCUGUAAUCAUUUCAAAUGCUGGUAUGUUCACCACCUUCAAGAAGCUUCUGACUCCAGAGAUCCAGGCAAAUCCAAAGAUCCAGGAUUAUCUUCAUACUCUAAAGCCAGGCAAAGGCUUUUUCCAGGUGUUUGCAGGCUUUAAUGCCACUAAUGAAGAACUGGGCAUCUCCUCAACCAACAUGCGACUCUAUAAGAGCAACAACAUGGAUGAAGUCAUGGAAGAGUACUUUGAUUCAGACAAGGAGGACGCACCUGACAGCAUCCCCAUGAUGUACAUUUCCUUCCCCUCUGCUAAGGAUCCCACCUCAUGCACUCGUUUCCCAGGGCAGUCACGCAUGGUAAUCCAUACUAUGGUCAAUCCAAAGUGGUUUGGACAGUGGAACAAUGUCAAUGAGACUGAAAGAGGUGAAGAUUAUGAAAAAUACAAGAUGAGAUUUGCUAAUCAUCUCUUUGACUGGGCUUGUGUCCACUUCCCCAAGCUGAAAGAGAAGUUGGCGCUGUUGCAUGCAGUCAGUCCCAUCAACAUGCAUGGGCUGGGGGCCACAUAUGGAUCUAUGUUGUCUGCAGAACACAAUCUGGAGAGAUACCAACCUCUGAACAUUGCCAAGAUCAGGUGCAACACACCCAUCAAGAACCUCUACCUGUCAGGACAAGAUGUUUUUUCUGCUGGUUACUCCGGUGCUCUGCAUGGUGGUCUUCUCUGUGCUUCAAGUGUUGUAGAUCACUGUCUGUAUGUUGACCUUCUGCUCCAACAAAAGAAACUUAAGAGGAAGGUGGUCAAGAAACUAGAGUGAGAAUAUAUUACCCGUGUCUAUACAGGAAGAGCUUGCCUACUGGUCAUAUCAUUUUCAUACUGUU